AUGGCGGGUCGUUUUGUUCGUUCAUCAAAGUAUCGCCAUAUCUUCGGACGCUCAACAAGAAAGGAACAAUGUUAUGACAAUCUCCAUAUUUCCAAAAAUGCCUGGGAUACGAAUUUGGUCAAGGUCAAUCCGAAAUACAUAUCUGUCAACUGGGAAACUUCAGGAGGUGGCGCCUUCGCCGUACUGCCACUUCAUGAAACAGGCAAAGCACCAGACCGAUUCCCCCUCUUCCGUGGCCAUACCGCCGUCGUACUAGAUACAGACUGGAACCCUUUCAACGACUCUUUGAUCGCAUCUGGUUCAGAUGAUGGCAAGGUUUUCCUUUGGAGAGUGCCUGAAAAUUUUACUCUGCACACAAACGCAGAGGAAAUCGCAGAUGUCGCCCCAGUUGGAAAAUUAAGCGGACAUCCAAGGAAGGUUGGACACGUCCUUUUCAAUCCCGCCGCAGAGAAUGUGCUAGCCUCCUCUUCCGGUGACUACACUGUGAAAAUCUGGGACAUCGAAUCCGGAUCAUCAAAGCUCACGCUAAAGCAUGCCGAAGUUAUUCAAUCAUUAUCAUGGAGUGCAAAUGGUUCUAUUGAUGGUAAUAUUCGAUACUUUGAAUAUGAGAAUGACAAAUUCGAAUACCUGUCGGAAUAUAAAUCAGCAGAUCCACAGCGUGGUAUCGCCUUUAUGCCGAAGCGUGGGGUGAACAUGCAUGACAAUGAGGUGGUUAGGGCUCUCAAAACUGUUAACGACACUUACAUUGAACCCAUCUCCUUCAUUGUUCCUCGACGGGCUGAAAUGUUUCAAGACGACAUCUACCCACCCACUACCGGUCUCAAGCCAGCCAUGUCAGCGGCCGAAUGGUUUGAUGGCAAGGAAGCCCUUCCCCCAAAGAUUGAUUUGGGCAGUUUAUAUGGCGGAGAGGGACUAAAGGAGGUUUCUCCACUAAGCCCUCCAAACGCGGCCCAGAAACACAGCUCACCUGUUCAGCAAGGUGAACCGACCCCGAAGGAGCCAUAUCCUAGCAAACCUGCUGCUGUUUCCGGAAGAGUUGACACUCCUCCCUCCGUAAAGGAACAAAGUUCCUCUAUUGCGGCCAUGGCCUCCAAAUACGCAGAUGAUGAAGAAACUGACGGUGAUUUGGAUGAUGGUUCGAGUUUCGAGCAGGUUCAAAAACCAGCAAGUAGUCGCCCCCCUGCUAUCACAUUUUCUCCGCCGGAAAUUAGUGAAGCAACUCCAUCAUCGAAAGUAGUGCCGAAAGUAGAUUUACCCUCAACGGACUCUACAGCCGAGAAGUCUUCAACAUCAACCCGUAUCACGGAUAUUUCGGCUGGCGUACAGGAUCUAGUCCAACGUGAGUUAUCAUCGUUAAAGAGCUUGAUUUCAGAACAAGGCCGAACAAUUGCUGCGCAGACGCGACAGAUCGAGUUCUUGACGAAUGAAAUUGAAGAUCUCAAGGCGAGGUUAACCUAA